CUAUCAAUCAUCUCCCUCCUCCAUGGCAACGGAACAAAUCCGGGAAGAUCACGCUUCCUCCUGCAGCAUUUGCCAAUGAAAAGAGAGGAUUUCUUUAUUCUUUCCCUCUCCUUCAAGUGACCAACCCACCCCUCUCAUGUCAUUUUCUUCCUUCCUUCUUGUUUCUCUUCUUCUGUGGCCAACAUCACCUUUCACAAUUUCAAUUUCAAUUAGGGAUUAAAGUUCUAGACAAUCGACAGCGCAACAGGUAAGGGGGGAUUCCGCGGAAGGACACUCAUUUCGGAAGCCUCACCAGGCGAGCAAGGUAGAGCCUCGCCAGCAACCGAUUCAAGGGUCUUCAUCCGACGAUUGAUUGAUUUCGGCUCCAAGCAGCAGUCAGGUCGCCAUGGAUGGGGAUCGGAGCCUUGCAAAAAUGUAAACAAAAGAAAUAAAGAUAUGGAGAAGAUCAUCGAUGCAGUAGGCAUCGAUUGCGAAGGAAGGGAUGAGCUAGGGAAGAGGAAGAAAGCGUAUUCAGAACGGCUGCUGCGACGAUACGAGGAGGGGAUGCGAAGCCACUCAGGAGGAGUAAAUCUUGCGGCGGUGGCGGUGGUGGUGACGAGCUGCGGUAGGGUAGCGGAUGUAGGUUGGCCGGCGGAAGGAGUGAGGUCUGUUGAGGAGAAGAAGCAGAGAUUAGGAAAGGGAACAUGAUAUUUUUUUCGUUGGUUUAUUAUUAUUUUAUAUUUUAUUUGAUAUGAAAUAUAUUAAAGAAAUUUCA